AAUUAAAUAGGAGAAAGCCAUUCCAACGAUCCAACCUCUUAAAACCCCAAGAAAAACCCUCGCUAGUCGGUACUUCUUCUGCAGAGCUAUGGCAGCACAAAACACUCGAAUCUAUCCAAAGUUUGCUUAACCACCAUUCAUACUCUUCUUUAACUCGGCAAAAUCGCCCCCCGAAAUCCAAAAACCAGUGGCCGUUUCAUCUCUCCGAAGUCCGAAGCUUUUGUGAACAUCAACAAACGAUUCUUGUUUUCAUGCCCGCCAUUGACAAAGCGAAGCAGAGGCUUCAAACUGGGUGGAAGAGGUCAGCUUUCUUGUAAUUAACACACAAUCAUCCACUCGUAACUGAAACAAUAAUGGAGAAGCCUUAGAAGAAGUGGAAGAAAUUGGAAUACAGCACAUGACCACAGUCUAUGAUUAUAAGUGUUCUUUCAACCCCAAUUUGAAAUGUUGAGGGUGUCAUCAUCUUUUGGAACAUGGAAGCACAAUCGUUGGAAAGCUUGCUUGAAACUACUCCCCACUCUAUGUAAAGGUUUACAUACUGAAAACUCCAAUAUUAUUUCUACCAAUAUUUGUAUAAGUCGUCAUGUAAGCAAUGGUCAUCUUGAUCUUGCUUGGACUCUAUUCAAUGAAAUGCCAGUAAGAAGUGUUGUCUCAUGGAAUAUCAUGAUUUCUGGAUACUCCAAAUUAGGAAAGUAUAGUGAAGCUCUCAAUCUGGCUUCAGGGAUGCAUUGCAAUAAUGUAAAAUUAAAUGAGACGACCUUUUCUACUUUGUUGAGUAUUUGUGCACGUUCAGGGUGUACAUCUGAGGGAAAACAGUUUCAUUGUUUGAUUUUGAAAUCUGGAUUGCAGAUAUUUGAGCUUGUGGGAAGUGCAUUGCUGUAUUUGUAUGCAAACAUUAAUGACAUUAGUGGAGCUAAGCAAGUCUUUGAUGAGUUGCAUGAUAAGAAUGAUUUAUUAUGGAGCUUGAUGCUUGUGGGGUAUGUGAAAUGCAAUUUGAUGGAUGAUGCUUUUGUUCUAUUUAAGAAAUCUCCAACACGGGAUGUGGUGGCGUGGACUACUUUGAUAUCAGGGUAUGCAAGAAGUGAGCAUAACUGCAAGAGGGCAUUGGAAUUAUUCUGCUCCAUGUGCAUGAAUGGUGAGGUUGAGCCUAAUGAGUUCACUUUUGAUUGUGUUGUGAGAGCUUGUGGGAGAAUGAGAGAUUUGAGUCGGGGGAAGGUUGUUCAUGGGAUUUUGACUAAAUAUGGAUUCCACUUCGAUCAUUCAAUUUGUAGUGCACUGAUUUUAUUUUACUGUCAGUGUGAGGCUAUUGACACUGCUAAGGCAGUUUAUGAUAGUAUGGAAAGACCGUGUCUAAAUGAUUCAAAUUCUCUUCUAGAGGGGCUAAUAUCAGCAGGAAGAGUUUAUGAUGCUGAAGAAAUUUUUUGUAAAUUAAGAGAAAAAAAUCCAGUUUCAUACAAUUUGAUGCUUAAAGGGUAUGCAAUGAGUGGUAGACUUGAAGAAUCAAAGAGAUUAUUUGAAAGAAUGACUCAUAAAACUAUCAUUUCAUCAAACACUAUGAUAUCUGUGUAUUCCAGGAACGGUGAAAUUGAUAAAGCUUUCAAAUUAUUUGAGUCAAUGAAGAGUGAAGGAGAUCCUGUGACAUGGAACUCAAUGAUAUCAGGCUAUAUUCAAAAUCAUCAGCAUGAAGAAGCUUUGAAACUCUAUCUAAUCAUGUGCAGAACAUCGGUUGAACGCUCUAGAUCAACAUUCUCUGCUCUGUUUCAAGCAUGCACGUGCUUAGGAUCUAUUCAAUUGGGUCAAUCACUCCAUGGCCAUGCAAUCAAGACAGCCUUUGAUUCGAAUGUUUAUGUUGGAACAUCACUCAUAGAUAUGUACUCAAAAUUUGGGAGCAUCAGUGAUGCUCAGACUACGUUUGCCAGUGUUUAUUUCCCUAAUGUGGCAGCUUUUACUGCUCUAAUUAAUGGAUAUGUGCAUCAUGGACUUGGGAUUGAAGCAUUCUCAGUCUUUGAGGAGAUGUUGAAGCACAAAGUUCUGCCAAAUGGAGCUACUCUUUUGGGUAUUCUUUCUGCAUGUAGUCGUGCUGGUAUGGUAAAUGAAGGAAUGACAGUUUUCCAUUCAAUGGAACAAUGUUAUGGCGUGAUUCCAACUUUAGAACACUAUGCAUGUGUGGUGGAUCUUCUUGGUCAGUCGGGACGUCUGUAUGAAGCUGAAGAAUUUAUUAGAAGCAUGCCAAUUGAAGCUGACAGGGUUAUUUGGGGAGCUCUGUUAAAUGCUUGUUGGUUUUGGAUGGACUUGGAAUUGGGUGAGAGUGUGGCUAAGAAGAUGCUUAGUUUGGACCCAAAAGCAAUAUCUGCUUAUGUUAUACUGUCUAAUAUAUAUGCUAAAUUAGGGAUGUGGGUAGAGAAGAUCAAUGUGAGGAGGCAAUUGAGGAGCUUAAAAGUGAAAAAGAAUCGGGGUUGUAGCUGGAUCAAUGUAAAUAAUAAAACGCAUGUAUUCUCUGUAGAAGAUAGGUCCCAUCCUAACUGUAAUGCAAUUUAUGCAACUUUAGAGCACCUAUUAGCAAAUGUAAACUCUAUAGCACAAUUUAACCAUGUUCCCAAAUCCAUUUCGAAGGUUUGUUUUCCGAAUUCAAUAUACUCCCUUUGACUGGCUCCCAUGUUCAUUCACCUCCAGAAUUUGUGCAGCCCUUAAUGUUUAUUCAUCUUGAAAACAGUCCUCAUAGUGAAAGUAUGAAUGAGGUCCUUACUUCCCCUUUUGGAGUGCUUCGUCAAUUCAAUUGUACUAACACAGUUCAAAGGGUUUAUGUUUUCUGUCUUAUAUUUAUUCACUAGUCCCAACAAGAAAGCUCCCAUACUGGAAAUGGCAGUUGUAACUUGAUUCUCAAUGACGUUUAUAGCUAAAGAGUUCUGGAAAAGGUGCAGAUUGGCUUGACUGUAAAAACUGUUUUCGUUCGAGAAAUUAGAGAUUCUGCAGAGUCAGUCUACUACGAAACUGUCAUAUAAUCUUGCUAAGGCCAAUUUUGGGAUUCUAUGAGUGGAAGUUAUAUUUGCAGUGUGUCUAUAUAUAUAUUUGAAUUGGAAAAUGUUUGGAUGUUAACUAAAACUUGGUCUUUCAACUCGCAUUCCAAAAACACUAUGCCUUCCCUUCUCUAAGUCUUCGGUCUCCAAGUUAAAUGCUUUCUCUUGUCUCCUCCAACUGUCUUGUUCAACUAUUCUCUUCCUCCAGGCAGCUACUGUGAAUAAAAUGGUGAGUAGGCUGAUUCCAUUUAACAUAUCAAUUUUAAAAGCUUGUCAACAUUAACCUCCCAGACACUCUGAGACUGAUGACAGAGUAUAUUUGGUUAGUUUUCUUCCUUUCCUUAGGCUUGUAAGCAUGUAAGUUUUUCGGUUCUUCUGAUUGGUUUUUUUUUCCUUCCUUCUUCUGAUAGUUAUGUCAGUCACUCUUUUAUGUUCUUGUUUUUGGUGUAGCCUAAGGAAUUAAAGGAGAAAAUUCUCCGAGAAGCAAAUCAAGACUUUGAAACCUCUUGGUCAUAAUAUGAGCAUGAUUAGUGCCCUCACAUGACUCUUUUUCUGAUCUAUUUUGCAUUUACUCUCUCUGAAAUGUUAGAAACAGGAUUUGCAAAAACCUUGGAGAUCUAAAAUUUCCUUAGCAUUAUGUUGUGGGAACUUCGGUUGGUUGAAAUGUUCUUUAGUAGUCUAAUUUUGUUUCUUGCUGCUGAAAACUGAAAUGUGGAUAGUUUUUAUGUUGUACGCAUUUGGAUAUCGUUAUGUUUUUUGUUUCCCCAAUCUGAAUGAUUGUUGUUUCAAAUUUUUGCUUGUUUUUGGGAAGUUACUGGUUCCAAGAUACAUUCUAUGGCCUUUUGUAGCUUUUUGCCUGUUUUCUAUUAUUAUGAAAUUUCUAAUGGACCUUUUCCCCCCUCUUUAGAUUAUUCAUUUUUUAGCAUUUUACAUUGGCUUUUGCAGUGUGCUUUGGGAUUCUUUAUCUAUUGGCCAAAAUCGAGGGUAAUAUGCUUCGUCUUACUCAAAGGUUGUAGAAUGUUACUGUUUGUGAAGAGGUGCCUCCAUUUGCAAUGAGUUAUUUGACAUCCACUCUGAAGAUACAAAGGACUACAUAUUUUCAUUGUCAUACACGAUAUUACACCCAAAGUUCCAAGGACCAAAACUAAAUUUAAACUUGUAACGAGUAGCUCUAAACGUAUAGGCCAUUUGAAGUACUUUGUUUGGUUCAUUUCAUUCAAUGAAAUGUUUCUUUAUCCAAAAAAGUACUUUUGGUUCAUAGAGGAAGCACUCAUCUAGAGAGAGGGUGAUUGAUUUUUUCUCUUGUAGUUCAUUAAAUUUAGGAUGUAUUUUGGAGUGGAAUUUGAUGUUCAUUAUUAUUCUUUUC